AUGGUGGAGAAGUCGGACCGAGCCCCGCUUCUGGACUGGGAGGAGAUCCCAGCGUCCCGCCCGAACCAAGCGGUUCCGUCGCCACCUGCGCCGCCGAAAGAAAAGGAGGAUGCGACCUCAGGGAAGAAAACCUCGACGCCAGUCUGCCUCAAGGUGACAGAAAUUGGCAGGAGGGACGACAAUUCCCCUACCGCCGUCAUCUGCCGCCCGACAGCUGUUGUUGACGGCAGGGAGAGAAGCCCGAUGGGCCGGGAAAAGCUCCGGGGGCAGCUGGUACCUCCUUUCCCGGAUCUGACCGUCAGAGAUCAGUGGGAAGAGAAGGAUCACAUCGUGUCUGUGUUUGUGGUCACCUUUAACACACGAUCAGGAAACAUGAUAGAGUGGUGUCUACCUCAUGACAUCAACCUGGAUGGAGUUGAAUUCAAGGCAAUGGCCAGUGGUUCCCAUAGGAUUACCAACGACUUUAUAUAUUUCCGCAAAGGCUGUUACUUUGGGCUCGCCUGCUUUGCCAACAUGCCUGUGGACAAUGAGUCGGAACGAGGAGCCCGGAUGAAGUCUGUCGGAAUUUUAUCUCCUUCCUACACCCUUCUGUAUCGCUACAUGCACUUUUUGGAGAAUCAAGUUAGACUCCAGUUAAAGAAUCCAGGCCAUUAUUCUCCACUGGAAGCCUUCUAUGAAGACAAGAAGGCCAUCCUUCCACUGACAGGAAAUGGCCUGAUCACGGCUUGCCCUACCUGGAGCGUGACCACCAUCAACCGCUGUAUGCAUCCGGAAAUGAAGAUCACUCACCCAGCCGGCUGCAUGUCCCAGUUUGUCCAGUUUUUUGGAGAGCACAUAAUGGUGCUGUGGAAGUUUGCACUGCUUCGGAAGCGACUCCUCAUCUUCUCCCCGCCACCUGUAGGUGUGGUCUGCUAUAGAGUUUACUGCUGUUGCAGCCUAGCCAACGUUUCUUUACCUGGAAUUGGAGUGUCCGUGCCUGAAUUGCGACCUUUCUUCUACAUCAAUGUAGCUGACAUCCCUGCAUUGGAAACACAGAUGUCAUAUGUUGCCUGCACUACAGAGAAGAUUUUUGAGGAUAAGAAAGAGCUGCACGAUCUGUACAUUGAUAACCAAAAUGUGAAAACACACAGGAGCCAUUUGCUGCCGCUCCUGCGACUCAAUGCUGCAGAUAAGGAGAGGUACAGGAAACUCAGCGAACAGAGGCAAAUGUUGCUUUACUCCCAGGAAGUGGAUGGAGACUGCACGUCGAAUGAGGAGGAUCUUUUUAUUGUGUUCUUCAUGGAGCUCAAUAACCGUAUCUUCCAGAUCCUAUCCGAGGUCGCAGGGAGCGCUGAUCCCACCCUGACGGCCGAGCAUGUAAGAGCCAUGGGGCUGGACCCACAAGGCGAUCACUGCUUCCUGGUGGAGCUGCUGGAGUUGUAUGGUGUUGACGUCACUCUGGUUAUAGAUAACCUCUGCUGCCACUAG